AUGCAGAAUCGUGCGUGGCAGGAAGUCCAGGAGCUCUUGUUGAACUUCCAAUCCGAGACCAGCACCGAUGCACGCUAUGCAAAACAUGAUCUGGUGAAAACCCUGCUGCAGUGGCAUUCGAACUGGCUCAGCGGCCUCCUGGACAGCCAGGUCUUCGAGCUGAUGUCACAGUUUGCCGAGCAGGGGCCGUACUGGGUGCCCCGUGCUGCGGGGACUGCCAUGAGAGAUGAAGCAGCCUAG